ACGUGGAAUAGGUAUUCGGAGUGUUAAAGCAUCAUCAACACAGUUGCAAAUCUCCGUGGCGAAAGAAACAGGACCUCGUUUUAUUAUUAUUUUUUUCAUCGGUUUACACUCCCCACGGAGAACGAGUGACAGUUUGAAUAUUACAGUCACAACUGGUGUAAGGAGCAUCGCGCAACACUGCGCGCGACCUUAGGCUGCCACAGGCUUUCUACAACAUCUGUACUCCCUUGUCACUCAUCAUCCUCAUCCAAUCGGAGACCUCUGUAUUUGGAGAGAGCACAGCUGGAGAGAUGGGCGGGGCCAAGGUCCUGCUUCUGAUGCUUGUGAUUGGUUUGGAGGAGACGACCUGCGUCAACUGGAACCCAGUGCCACGCAAGACAGUUAAAUAUGAUGACGUGUACGACAGCAUGGCGAGAUUUGGGGUGGCGGGGGUGUGGAAUUACACCAUGCUGACCCUGGCGGAGCACGAGAGGGUUCUGUACGUUGGAGCGAGAGAGAACAUUUUCGCCCUGGACCCCAACGACAUCAGCAGGCAGCUCAGACCACCGAUUGAGUGGCCUGCCCCUCAGGAGAAGAAGAGAGAAUGUGCAGCGAAGGGCAAAAAUAACCAGACGGAGUGCUUCAACUACAUCCGUUUUCUGCAGACCUACAACCACACCCACCUCUACACGUGCGGGACCUACGCCUUUCAACCCAAAUGCACUUACAUUAAUGCUGAUCACUUUACUCUCAACGCCGCCGCCCUGGAGGACGGAAAAGGGAAAUGUCCCUACGACCCAUCCAAGAGCCACACGGGUCUCAUCGUAGAUAAGGAGCUGUACUCUGCCACCCUGUAUAACUUCCUGGGCACAGAGCCAGUCAUUCUGAGAAACCUGGGCCAACAGCACUACAGCAUGAAGACUGAAUUCCUACCUACAUGGCUCAAUGAGCCGAAUUUUGUGGGCUCAGCAGUGGUCCGUGAGAGCAGGAACAGUAAAGAGGGGGAUGACGAUAAGAUCUACUUUUUCUUCAGCGAGCGUGCCGUGGAGCUGGACUGCGACGGGGAACUGACCGUGGCAAGGGUAGCCAGAGUGUGUAAGGGUGAUCUUGGGGGCACUCGGACCCUGCAGAAAAAGUGGACCACCUUCCAAAAAGCCCGACUCAUCUGCUCCCUCCCGGAACGUCACAUUACCUUCAACAACCUUAGAGCUGUUUUCACCCUCCCUGGAGCCGACUGGAGGACCACGACUUUCUACGGGCUCUUCCACGCUCAGUGGGGAGAUGUGGAUGUCUCAGCAGUGUGUCAGUAUCACAUUGGCGAGGUGAAGGGUGUGUUCGAUGGGCCGUAUAAAGAGUACCGCGAGAACUCUCAAAGAUGGGGCAGGUACGUCGGCACCGUACCCAGCCCCCGCCCUGGAGCAUGCAUCACUAACGUGGACAGGGAGAAUGGUUAUAACAGCUCCAUGCAGUUGCCUGACGCUACGCUCAACUUUGCCCGGAAGCAUCCGCUGAUGGAGCAGAGAGCUGAAGCUCGCCCCCUGCUGCUCACCAAGGGCAUAAACUUCACCCGCCUCGCCGUGGACCGGGUCAACUCUCUCGACCAGAGACCUUACAACAUGCUCUUCAUCGGCACAGCUGAUGGUUGGCUGCAGCGUGUGUUAAUCCUGGGUUCAGAGACUCACGUGAUUGAAGAGAUUCAACUCUUUGACUCCCCUCAGCCUGUGGAGACUAUCACCAUCUCACACACAAAGAAGUAUUUAUACAUUGGCUCGCGAUCUGAGGUGCUCCAGCUGCCAUUGGCUAAUUGCAGUCGCUAUCAUUCCCAGCCAGACUGCCUGCUGUCCAGAGACCCUUACUGUGCAUGGGACAGUGAGGGCAGAGCCUGUGUCCGGAUCGACCUUCACCGAGGGUCCACCUCCACCCUGUCUCAGGACCUCAUGUUGGAGAGGUUUAACAGAGGCAAGGCCAAAUUUGACAAGCCCAUCUCUAUACCAAGCCCUGACCCAUCCAGGUUGAGGAAUGUGACCGUGGUUGUGGGUUCUGACCUGGUUCUGCCCUGCAAUCUUGUAUCGAAUCUGGCGCAACCAACCUGGGUCUUAAAUGACAAGGAGCUCCUGCUGACGUCCGGAGAAGGUUCCACGGGGCCACGGUUCGACCGCACUCUCCGAGCCCUGGUCAUUCCCCAGGCAGGGGGCCUCCAGGCGGGCCGCUACACCUGCUACUCAGAGGAGCAGGGGGUGAAGUUUCAGACAGAACGUUACCUGGUCUCCGUGGUGGCCAGUGCUCCGGUCUACAUGGAAGCCAGGGCACCGGACAGCAGCAUGGGACUCUUCUGGGUUCUGGUUAUCACUUUGGGUGCAGCUUGCCUCCUUCUUCUGGUGGUGGCGCUCUACUUGCGCAGGCGUCUGAAACUGGCUUUGGGCAAAGGAGCGGAGAUGAAGCCACUGGAGAGCACGUUGGUCUACCCAAUCACAUUGCCCAAAGAGCCGCCAACCUUCGUGCCCAGCAAAAUGUCCAACGAUGAAGACCGGUUCUGGGAGACGGGCGCCAAUUACUACUACUCGGACGGCUCGCUGAAGAUCGUGCCGGGUCAUGCCCUUUGCCCAACUGCCAGCACGACGUCCCCCACCGCCAUCCCAGGCCAGCCAAUCCAUUCGCCAAGCAGACUUAGCCUCACCAACAUCCGAAGUUCGGCUGGUAACGGCUACAUCAGGCUAAACCUGAGCAACGCUGGGGAAGAGCGAGGAGUUGGAGAUGGAGUCGGAAGCAGAGUUGGUGGGUUGGGCCUUGGAGGAGGCAGUAACGACUACUCCAGCCCGUUUAAGGAGGAGCUCCGGAGGACUCUUCAGCAGAGGAGCGUCCUUCCUGAUGCUAACCCUGAAGAAUCCUCCGUGUAGUCCUCGGGAGACGGGGACGGACAACAACUCACCUACCUCCCUCCUUCAUGGAGUCCUUCUCUGUCUCUCUCUCUCGUUCUCACAUCCUUCUCAAUCCGUUUCCUCUAUGCCGACACUUGGUGACGUAAAUGGCAUGAGUGUUUCCUAGCAAAGCGUUAAACAUAAAAACUGCUUCACUACAAAAUUGUGUUCCCAAAAAAAAA